ACUGCCGCCAUUUUCGAGUUCUGACAGGAAAACAAAAGUCAAACUCAAAACAUGCCGCGGGAAAUAAUCACACUACAGCUCGGGCAAUGUGGAAAUCAAAUUGGAAUGGAAUUUUGGAAGCAGCUGUGUGCAGAACAUGGGAUAAGUCCAGAGGGUAUUCUUGAGGAGUAUGCCACAGAAGGAACGGACAGAAAGGAUGUGUUCUUUUACCAGGCUGAUGACGAACACUACAUCCCCCGGGCAGUGUUGUUGGACCUGGAGCCCAGGGUGAUCAACUCAAUCCUCAGCUCACCCUAUGCCAAGCUGUAUAACCCUGAGAACGUGUACCUGUCAAAACAUGGGGGUGGUGCUGGAAACAACUGGGCCAGUGGCUACAGACAGGCUGAAGGGCUGUAUGAGGAUGUGUUUGACAUCAUAGACAGGGAGGCAGAUGGAAGUGACAGUUUGGAGGGGUUUGUGCUGAGUCACUCUAUUGCUGGUGGAACAGGGUCCGGAAUGGGAUCCUACCUGUUGGAGAGACUUAACGACAGAUUUCCCAAGAAGCUUAUCCAGACGUACUCAGUGUUCCCGAAUGUGGACGAGAUCUCUGAUGUAGUGGUUCAGCCGUACAACUCCAUACUGACUCUCAAGAGGCUGACCCAGAAUGCAGACUGUGUGGUGGUGCUGGACAACACGGCUCUCAACAGGAUCGCCGCCGACAGGCUUCACAUAGACACCCCCUCCCUGGCACAGAUCAACCAGCUGGUGUCAACUGUGAUGUCAACAAGUACGACAACCCUGCGUUACCCUGGUUACAUGAACAAUGAUCUGAUUGGCCUGAUAGCUUCUCUCAUCCCCACCCCCAGACUCCACUUCCUCAUGACUGGGUACACACCCCUCACAACUGACUCACAGGUGGCCAGCGUGAGGAAGACCACGGUGCUGGAUGUGAUGAGACGGCUGCUGCAGCCCAAGAACAUGAUGGUGUCGACGCCGGUGGGAGCACAUCGCCAGGCCAGCCACUGCUACAUCUCUAUUCUCAACAUCAUACAGGGGGAGGUGGACCCUACACAGGUGAGGCACAUACACGGGGAGGUGGACCCCACACAGGUACACAAGAGCCUCCAGAGGAUCCGAGAGCGGAAGCUGGCCCAGUUCAUCCCCUGGGGUCCAGCCAGCAUCCAGGUGGCGCUGUCACGCAAGUCUCCCUACAUCCAGACGGCCCAUCGUGUCAGCGGCCUCAUGAUGGCCAACCACACAAGCAUCUCUCAUUUGUUCGAGAGAAUCCUUCGCCAGUUUGACAAACUGAGGAAAAGAGAAGCUUUCAUGGACCAGUUUAAGAAGGAGCCGAUCUUCAAGGACAACUUGGAUGAGUUUGAUAACUCUCGAGAAGUCCUGCAGGAGCUAGUUGACGAGUACCAGGCCGCCACGCGACACGACUACCUUGACUGGGGCACACGACAGGGAGCCGUUGCAGAGCAGGCAUGAUGGCGACACCAGGGCGGAAAACUUCCUGGUCACCGAUAUCUACACAAAUAGUCCUCACUGUGUUCAGUUCCCCAUAGAGGUACAGCGAGUGACAUCCUUGUUAGGUGUCCCUUUGAUAUGGCUGGAAUAAUGCUUAAACCCAGAGCUCCAGAUAAGCUUUUGGUGUUGUGGGUAUUUUACCCAUGCAUUUUAAAAUCAUUGGGUAUCAGUAAUUCUAUCUGCGUAUUCAAAU